AUGGAUGAGGAGGAAAGUAACGGCUACGAUGACUUUCCUGACAACGCCGAUGUCAUGUGGAUGAAAAUGGCCUUGAUGGCAGCGAGUCGUGCUGAAGUAACAAAGCAUGCUGAGGGAAACCCUAGUGUUGGCUGUGUAAUUCGUCGCUCAAGAAAUUAUGGUCCUCCUGCAGUGUUAGCAGUUGGUUGGAACGGGUUCCUUCCUGAUACACCUGAAGAGGAGAUAGCUGAAAUAAAGGGUCGCUCCUUCAAAGGGGACACGACUGAUCAGCAAAAGAAGAAAAGGGAUAAAGCACUGACUGACGAACUCGGCCUACAUGCUGAGGUAAACGCCCUACAGUACUGCUCCGAAAGAGCGGAGAUGGCUUCUAUCUACACGACUCAUGUGCCAUGCUACAAUUGUGCAAAACAACUUGUUGCACAUAAAGUUGGGCGUGUUUUUUACCUGUUUUGGAUGAAAGGUAGUGAAACGUCAAUAGAGCUUUUCAAGAAGUUUGAUAUAACUUGCGUACCCUUUGGAAGGCGAGGCGAAGUACUAGAGGAUUUUAACAUGCCAGAUUUCCUUACCAAACGCAAAAUUGUUCAGGGAAGCACUGUUGCGCAAACAUCCAUAGAACCACAUCAAUAUUUUUUGGAUAGUAGAGACCAGAGGCACUUGGAAAAUUGUAUUACAAAGUAUGAAUGUAAGUUGUCUUGAGUUCUAGGGCAAUAAGAUUUGAUCCAUGAUAAAUUAUUACUAUUACAAUGAUUGAAUUAAAAUGUCCCCCUCGUGAAAUCGCCUCAUUUUUGCCUGCUUGGGCACCGUGAACGGAUUUAAUAAUAUCUGUGAUUAAAUGUUCAUACCUCGGCUUUGCUCAAAAACUGACCUUCUAAUUCAUCUAUUUUUAAGUAAUCAAAAAAUUUUAAAGAGAGAAAGACUGAUUGUUUUGCAAUAAUUUCAUUACGUUUUAAGCCAGGCCCUUGUCCAAGUUUCAGAAUCACUGAAGAAAGGUUAAGUAGGAGAGAAAUGGGGUAUUCACUUUAACUCGACUUAUAAUAAUUGGUACGCAAAUCGGAUAUCUUACUGAAAAUUGACUUACACAAAUUGGCAUUCAAAGCUGCCAUGGCCGUAUUCAAAGUUUUAGACUGUGCAAUUUCUGAGAUCUGGAAAAAUUGAUUUGCUUUCAGCCAUUUCCUAAAUUACUCUUCGUACUAUUUCGUGAAUGGACUACGCCUAUCUCGAAAAACAACUGCUAGCAUCAAAAUUGUUUGAGGUAACUUUAGCGUUGAUUUAUUCUUAUUGCAACUACAGGAAGAAAAAAGAAAAUAAGCUUAAUUUAUUUAUUCUUGACUUAGGGAAGACAAAGAGGGAUGAGAAGAAACCGGAUGCUACAAUGACUUUCCAGGCAUCAAAACAGUAU